AUGACAAUCGUCUCCUCAUCAACCCUCAUCGCUGCCCCACCCUCCCUCGUCAGCGCCACGUUUCUCGACUGGCCACACCUCACACAAUGGGAUAAGCGAUACAUGAAAACACUUACGCCGCUCCUCCCCGACGGCAAACCUGACCCCUCCAAAACAAGUGGCCUCUCCGUCGUAGCCGGCGACAAAGUCCACGGCACGUUCUGGGGCGGAGAAGCUCACCUCGAGAUUCUUGAGAAUGAAGAAGCAAGAAUGAGGUGGAAAGGUGUGUGGCAUGGAUUGAGCGCUGUCAGGUGCUUUGAGUGGGUGGAGGUUGACAUGGAUUCUGAUGAGGGGAGGAAGACGAUGGGAACGAGGUUUACGCAGAGUGACGAGGCGAAGGGGUUCAUGGGUGGCGUGCUGGUUGUUGAUGGAUGGAUGGGAGGCAAUCUGAAGAAGAAAUUUGGUGAGUUUGGGGAGGAUUUGAAGGUAUGGUGUGAGGAGCUGGAGAGGAGCAGGAAAGGAAAAAUAUAG